AUGAAUCCCAACUACAGCAAAAUGAGAACCAUUUCUUUUGUGCAGAAAAAAGUAAAACUGGCAAAUAAUGAAACACUGGUUUUUGAUUUUGAGGGUACUCUGUUACGAUCAGUUUCAUUGUUCCCUUACUUCAUGCUGGUUGCUUUUGAAGCUGGUGGGAUACUAAGAUCUCUGAUCUUGUUUCUUUCAUACCCCUUAGUGUGGCUGGUGGGUGAAGACCAACUUGGCUUGAACAUCAUGGUUUUCUUGUGCUUUUUUGGCAUCAGAAAGGACACAUUCAGAACAGGAUCAGCAGUUCUGCCGAAGUUCUUCUUAGAAGAUAUUGGAUGGGAAGGGUUUGAAGCUGUAAUGUGUUGUGAGAGAAAAGUGGCAAUUAGUAAGUUGCCUAGGAUCAUGGUUGAAAAUUUUCUGAAGGACUAUUUAGGGGUUGAGGCCGUCAUGGCAAGAGAGUUAAAGUCCUUCAGUGGUUUCUUUUUAGGAGUGUUUGAGAAGAAAAAUCCAAAUAAAAUCCCUUCAUAUAAAGUUAAUGGAGGUACUAAAGAGACCAAUAGAACUGGCAUUGUAGAUAACAACCUUAUUGAGUAUGUUGACCAGGGGGAGCUUUACCAACAAUUCAAGGAGGUUUGCAUAGGUGAUGAGAAGAGAAAUUGGCAUGUUCUUCCGAGAGAGAGGUAUCCGAAGCCAUUGAUCUUCCAUGAUGGAAGAUUGGCUUUCAGGCCAACUCUUGCAUCUUCUCUGAUCUUGUUCAUUUGGUUACCCUUUGGAAUAUUUCUUUGCCUACUUAGAUUUACUAUAGGCAUAGCAUUGCCCCUCAAUGUGUCAGCUCCAAUAUUGGCCCUCUCAGGAACAAGAACCACUCUUUCGAAACCCCAGAGCACUAUGUCUUUGGUCCACAGUGAAGAAAAUGAGAAGGGUAUGCUCUAUGUGUGCAAUCACAGAACCUUGCUUGACCCACUUUAUGUUUCAAUUGUUUUACGCAAACCACUUUCUACAGUCACAUACAGCCUCAGCAGAUUAAGUGAAACAGUAUCCCCUAUGAAAACUAUAAGGCUCACAAGGGACAGAGAGAAAGACAGAGAAAAAAUGAACAAAUUGUUGAGCCUAGGGAACCUGGUGGUGUGUCCUGAGGGAACAACUUGCAGGGAACCUUAUCUGUUAAGGUUUAGUCCUUUAUUUGCUGAGCUUACAGGUAACAUUGUUCCUGUGGCUAUUGAUUUGAAUGUUAGCAUGUUUUAUGGAACAACAGCAAGCGGGAAUAAAUGUUUAGACACCUUUUUCCAUUUCAUGAAUCCAAGUCCUUCGUAUUCCAUAAAAUUUCUGGAGAUGUUACCACAAUCCCAAACAUGUCAAGCUGGUGGAAAAUCGAAAAUUGAAGUCGCAAAUUUUGUGCAAAAGGAGAUAUGCAAGGCUUUGGGGUUUGCAUGCACCAACGUGACCAGGAAAGAAAAGUAUUUGGUCUUGGCAGGUAAUGAGGGUGUGAGCCCACGCAAUAAUUGCCACCAGUAG